UCGCCUCCUUCGUUCGAGAGCGACGCGCUGAGGGGAGACGGGGGGGAGGCGAGAAGAAAGGCGAGCGGAGGCGGUUGCGGCGGGAGCAGCAGCAGCAGCAGCAGCGACGACGACGGCGGCGGCGCCCGGCGGGCCAAGGACUCUCUUCCGAGGCCUCUCUUGUGUUUGCCGGGGAGUCGUUCUCCGAGGUGCCCGUCAGCGGGGCUCCCUUCAUGGCCGACGGCGGGAAAUACAGCGAACAUGACGACCGCGUGGGCCCCAGCAACAGGAACUUUGUGCGGAGGAGAAAAGGCCGCGUCCCUUUCCGGGGGAAAAUGUACAGCGAGAUGGGCCAUCACCAGCGUGGCUGGAACAGUUCUGGGUCCGGUUCUCGUAGCUGGCUCGAUGACGACGAUGGAGACGUUCUCAUGAGCGAUGCCCACGAAGUGCUCCGGACACGCUACACUCCUUACGGGUCACGUCCGCACCGGCCAGACCGAGGGAGCCAGAGUCUUAUGAAUGCCACCGUGAGACGAAAUCUGAAUAUUGGGGACCGUGCCCUUCCUCAGAAACCGCCAGUAAGCAAGAAGACCUGGUUCCGGAUUACGAUUCCUUACGGAAGGAAAUACGAAAGGAGCUGGCUGAUGAAUGCCAUACGAGAAACGUGCACCGUCCCCUUCAACCCUGUGGAGUUCCACUGCGUGAAUAAUCGGGUGGUGUUCUUCGUAGAAGACACUUCCGUGGCCAACGCCCUUAAGCAGACCUCUCGUAAGAUCUCUGCUCCAGAUGGACACAAGGUGGCGAUACUUAUAAACACGUGCAACCCACCGACCACCGUCCAGCAUGAACUGAAACCAGAAGACAUUGAGCAACUGAAGCAAUGUAUGAGUAAAAGGUACGAUAGCUCCCAUCAAGCUUUGGAUAUGAAAAAUAUCCACGCAGAUCCCGAUCUGAUCGCCCGGAACAUCGACAUCGUGUUGAACCGCCGAAACUGCAUGGCGGCCAUGCUGCAAAUCGUGGGCGACAACAUCCCCGAGCUCCUCUCCCUCAAUCUCAGUGACAACAAGCUCUAUCGCCUCGAUGACCUGGCUGGGCUUCAUCGGAAAGCUCCCAACCUGAAGAUCCUCAACUUGUCUUGUAACCAGCUGAAGACCGAACACGAGCUAGACAAGCUGAAAGGCUUAAAGCUGGACGAACUGUGGCUUGACAACAACCCCCUUUGCGAUGGCUUUCGGGACCGUUCCUCUUAUAUCAGCACCAUCCGAGAACGGUUCCCCAAGCUGCUGCGGCUGGACGGUAACGAUCUGCCCCCGCCGAUCUCAUUUGAUUUACAAACGCCAACCACUCUGCCUCAAUUCAAGGGCAGUUAUUUUGCCUCCGAGGGCUUGAAAGUGCUGAUCGCCCGCUUUCUACAACAAUAUUACGCCAUCUACGAUUCUGGAGACAGACAAGGCCUGCUGGAUGCCUAUCACGAGGCGGCCUGCUGUUCGCUGAACAUCCCAUUCUCCGUGAAUCACCCUCAGAGGACCGCUUUGGCUGAAUACUUCAAAAACAGCCGGAAUGUGAAGCGACAGAAAGAUCCUUCCUUGCGCUUCCGACUCCUCAAACACACCAAGUUGAACGUCGUGGCUUUCCUCAGCGAAUUGCCCAAGACUCAGCAUGACGUGAAUUCCUUCGUGGUGGACGUCUGUGCGCAAACGAAUACGUUGCUCUGUUUCACCCUGAAAGGAAUCUUUAAGGAAGUCGACAGCCGCUUUCGGGACGUCGUGCGGGCCUUCUCCCGGAUCUUCAUUGCGGUCCCUGUGGGCCUCAGCGGGCUGAGCAUCGUGAACGACCAGAUCUUCAUCCGCAAAGCCACCAUCACGGAAAUCCGCAAGGCCUUCGUCAUGCCGGCCCCCACCCCGUCCUCCAGCCCCGUGCCCAUCCCUUCCACCGAGCCCAUGCCGGCGUUGAGCCCCGGGCCCACCCUGACGGCCGAGCAGCAGGAAAUGCUGCAGAAUUUCUCCCUGCAGUCGGGCAUGAACCUGGAGUGGUCUCAGAAGUGA